GCGAUGUGCGGUCGCUUGAUCUGACUUGCUCUUGUUCCACAACCAUGUCCCCACCCGAAGCAGCAGGUGAAGGUGCGGCGGCCUCGAGAUCGGCAACUGUCGAAGGGGAUGGGCAAAGGCCAAAGUUUGAUUCGAUCGAGUCGGCUGUCGAGGACAUCCGGCAGGGCAAAUUCGUCAUCGUGCUCGACGAUGAGGACCGCGAGAACGAGGGGGAUCUGAUCAUUGCUGCCGAUGCAAUCACCACCGAACAAAUGGCGUGGCUCAUUCGUCACACGAGCGGCUUCAUCUGCAUCUCGCUUCAUCCGAGCCUCAUUGAGGCCCUCGAGAUUCCCAUGAUGGUGCCCAUCAAUACGGAAAAGAACAAGACGGCCUACACUGUCACGCUCGACUACCGGCACGGCACCACUACGGGUAUCUCUGCGCAUGAUCGCGCUCUCAGCUCGAGGAUGCUUGCCAAAGCCUGGAGGCAGCGGCAUGGGCAGCUCAACGACGGCGAGGAUGAGGUGAAGCCAGGAGAUUUCUGCAGGCCAGGCCACCUUUGUCCGCUCAGAUACACGGAAGGAGGUGUUAGAAGGCGCAGUGGCCAUACGGAGGCCAGUGUUGACCUUGCCGUUGCCGCUUCGCUCCCGCCCGUCGCGCUCCUGUGCGAGCUCGUGGACCCGUCCGACGAGACGGGCUCCAUCGCAUCUCGAGAUGCCUGCUUUGCCUUCGCGAGACAACACAAGAUCAAGGUUACAACAAUUGAGAUGCUCAGGGCGUGGCGAGAGUCACGCGAGCCGGCGCUGGUCAAUGGUGACAACAGCCAGACGUCGCUGGAUCGCGAGCGAGGCGUCCAGCUCAACGGGCAAGCCGUCGUCGGUCCUUCUCUGUCCUCAUGAAUCGUUUUCGGGGCUGCUUCGCAAUCAUCUGCAUUCCUCCUGCAACGCCCUUUUCCCCCUUGUUCUCGUUUGUCACUACUACUACUUUUGAGUGUAAUUUCAUGCCGACAGCUCUCUGGUGCACGUGCUCAAUCGCCAGG